AUGACGUGCUCCCGAAGUGUGGGUGGAGACAACAAUGAGUUAAGGCCCAUGGCCGCAGAGUCCGACGGUGUGCCGGAUAUGGUGUCGGGGGAUGAUCAGCCCAUAGACUUGAGCCGAACCCCACGCAAGCCUUUGCGGGUUAUGCCCCCACUGAUCCCUAUCAAACUCCUACGUGCCGGUUACACAGCUCAGCAAGCCAACAAGCAAGUGAAGGGCCACGACAUUACCUUAGCUUCUUUGAUCAAAGGCAAGUCGGACCUGAAACUCUUCCAAGAUGCUCGAAGCAAGUGCGGUGAGGACAUUUCGAAGCCGGCUCAGCCGGUGGCAUCGGCCGGCGAAGGGUCGGACGCGGACGACGAGAAAGAGGGCGAGGAGGACGACGAGGAGGACGGGGAGGUGUCGCGCAAGCGCGUGCGCCUCGCAACGCGGCGACAGCGAUUGCUGCACCGCUUCCAGGCGCAGGAGUUCCUGCGGCAGCUGGCGCUCCAGCACCAGCAGGAACAGGCCGCUCAGAAGGCAGAUCCUGCUGCAGCUUCUAAAACUGCCAUUCCUACUCAAGAAGAAGAAAAUGCUGACAUUCGACGUAAGCAAGCUCGCCCUCUCACAGGCAAACAUGUUCGUCCUGGAACUGGAGCAAGUCCUGCAACACUGUUAACAUUACGUCGCAAAAUACAAGCUCGUCAGCAACAACAUGAUAUAAAACGUAUCUUGGAAUAAACAAAAACAUAAUUUUACUAGAAAAAUAAAAUAUUUAAAUGACAUGUCUGCAAUAAAAUGGAUUUAAACAGUAUGAGUUGCUUAAAAUUUAUCACCAUACAAAAUGAUUUUCAUCUCCAAUAUUUAAUACUGUUUACAAUGUAUUACUAUAAUGUUCUCACUUCAUUGGGUGUUCUACAGAGCUGAAGCAUUAUAUUCUGCACCUAGAAAAUUUUAUUCAACCUGGGGAAAUGAUGUUUUGUCUCCAGGUUCCUAACUCACAAUGAUUGUGGAAAAUGAGAAAAGACCAUAUCAAAGUGAGUUCUAGGAACAAUAGUAACAUAUAUCUUGCUGUAAAGAUGUUUGCACUAUCCAAAGCUCAUAUUAAAUUAUAAUUUGAUUUAUACAAUAAACCUAUUAACAAUAUACACAAUGAAUUUUAAAUCAAUCUUUAAUUUUAAACUAGAGGUUAUGUAGUAAUGUACAGUUAAUGAUUCAUUUUAUUUCCUGGUAAAUAUUUCAAUACCACUUUUUAAGCAGAGUACCUUAAUAUACUGGUAGUAAUGUAAUACCCAAUAUCCAUGCAUACUUUGAAUUAAGAUAUCAUUAUCACCUCUUGUAUGGAUCUUGUAUUUGUAUACAAGAUCCAUCAUUUGCUCUUGCAUCAAUCUCUCUCUAAGGUAUGAGAUAAGGCAAUGGUGGAGAGUGAUAAUGAUGAUGUGAAAGCAAAUAAGAAGUAUGAUCCACUUUUGUCAUUCUUAUUUAAAAAUAUGUAACAAUAUUUUUUACUCAUGGUUGAAAGUCAUUUUAGUGAUUUUGGAAGCAACAAUAAUCAAUAACAUGUAAUUUGUAAGAUGACAUUUUUUUCACUUGUUUCACCUUAAACUAGUUGUUCAAGAAAGAAAUGAUAAUAUUUCAGAAUGAAAUUUAUUUAUAAAUAUCAUUUAUUAAUAUUGUGUCACUUACACAUACUGUAAGAUCAUUUUAAAAUGCUACUAUAAAUCGAAGGGCAUCCAACUCAUUGCAGACAUGUUUAUUAAUAAUCAGAGGCAUAGUCAAGAUGGACCCUGCAAAUGUUUCCUUUUUCCCUCAGGAAAAAAAGGAGUUUAUUUUUUUU